AUGGAGCCCCCCUCCCUGCCAUGGCUGCAAAGCUUCGACAAGCCGUGCCGCCUCCUGCUCCACGUGCUCGCCUCCGGCUCCUCGGGGACACUGGCCGCCCUCCGAAUGCUGCAGCGGGUGCGGGUCCACGAGGGACCCGGGCAAGCAUUUCCCUGGCAGGCCUUCACCGCAGCCCUGUGCGCCGAGGAGCCCACGCUGGAGGGGCCGGAGGGGGCCCUGGCUGUCAAGCCGCGGCUGCUGCUGCUCCCCGUCGUGUGCCAGAGAAACCUCUUCUCCCUCCUCCUCCUGGUGCAAGCCGUGGUGCCGGGGGGCUGCCUCGGCCGGCUGCUCCGGGCCGUGGAGCAGGAUUCCCACGUGGAUCCCUGGGUGCGGGCACUGGGGGAUCUGCUCCGGCAGGGACCGAGGGGAGAGGAGCGCUUCCCACCUCCCGCUCCCUUGUCUUCCGCAUGCCGGCAGCAGCUUAGGUGCCUGUGCCAGAAAAUUGCCCAGAACAAACCAGAGGGGCGAAGAAAACUGAACUGGUGCUUCAGCAGGCAGCUCGGUGCUGCUGGGGACGUGGCUGACUCUGUCCUUCAAGAUGGAAAGCGCAAGAAAGUGUCAGAGGAGAGCCUGGAGUUGGAUGAGGAGGGAGAGAGAAAGAGGUUGCUGCUGGAGGAGGCGGUGUUUGACCCCCCGGGAACCCAGGAGGGUGGGAAUGCGGCAGAGGUGGAAGAGGAGAUGCCUGGGGAGAUGUCGGGGGACAGAUCUGCUCAGAGCCCAGUGGGAGCCGCUCUGGAAAACUCCCAGCAGGAUGUGGCCGGGGAGCCCAGGAAGAUGUCCCAGGCAGAGCUGGCAGCAGAGGUCCAGUCCUUUCUCCAGGUGCACGGACAGAGGCUGAAAAUGCUGCUACAGAAGGAGUCCGACCACUUGGAACUGAGCAUCCCACCCGAGCUGCACAUCCUGAACAACUCCUCUCCCAGCCAGCUCGAGGGGUUGUGCUCCUUUCUCCAGCUCUCCACAUGCCCGGAGCACCUCCUGAUGCGUUUCUGCGGCUGGCUGCUGGCUCUCACCCCCGACCUCAGCUACACCAGCGCAGCCAUCCUGGCAGAGCAGCUUUUUCUCAGGCGAGUCCUGUCCCUCACCCAGCCGCCCUCCCGCCACCUCAUGGCUGCCCUCGCUUCAUUUUGCUCCAAGUAUUCCCAGCCCUUCUGUCAAGUCCUGGUGGCUGCGGUCCUGCGGGAGCCGGGGGAAGGCGCUGAGCAGACCAAGCUGGUGUGUGAGCUCGUGGAGGAGUGCCUGGAGCCAGACUGUGUGAGACUGGUGCUCAGCCAAGUCCUGGAGUUGCCGCUGUCAGAGAAGCUCCUGCUGGCAGAGCAGGCUGUGCUGGGGCGGCAGGAGGUGCUCCCCCCCGAGCUCUUUGAUCUCCUGGUCCUGACUCUGUGCCGGCAGGCCCCAGCCUUCGCCACCUCGCUGAAUUACGCCAAGCUGGUGACAGCCCUGCUCACCAUGUACCAAAGCCAGGUCACCCCAGCCCACCGGAGCCGUCUGGCUGCCGCUCUGGAUAGGAGCAACGCAGCUCUGAAGAAAUCACUGCAGGCUGUGCUGGAAGGAGCCAGUGCUCUGGCUGUGGCUAUCGGUCACAUGAAGAUGACAGAGGACAAACUCGUCUCCAAAAUUCACCUGAUCGUCAGCUUCCUGGUGGCCUUGCUGAAGAAGACCUGGAAGAAUGCGUGUGCCACGUACAUCCCGAGCACCACGGGGAAGUCCCGGCAUCUCUAA